AUGUGAACAGGGCCUUAGACAAAAGUUUAAUGACAUCACGGUAUGAGAAAUGAGAAACUAAUACCAUAACAGUACUAUAGAAUAUGAUUCAUUAACGGAUUAGAAGGCAAUUAACGGUCUUUUGUCGGAACAAGUCAAACACAAAGUUUCGUUGAUGUUGACAUUUGAAUAAAUAUUGAACUCUUGGCGAAAAUCAAGCAUGAAGAGUUGAAAACAGCAAGAGGCUUCCAUGAGAGAUCUGGGUUUAAAAAUCAAAGUUUGAACAUUUUCAUCGUUCGUGACCGGAGCCUCGUGUAUUACAGGCCUAAACGGAAGAUUCUACAGGACUGGGUCGGCCUGUGGCCUGUAGCUGACAGCCAUUGUUUAUGUUGUCUUCUCAUUCAGUGUAGUUCCUGCAAUGGCGAACCCAGUCAUCUUCGCAAAGGGCGAAGAGUGCCAACAGAAUUGGUCGAAAGCGUCAGCCGACUACGAUGAAGUAGAUGAGCACCUUAAGAUAAUGGGAAAGCCCGUGAUGGAGAGAUGGGAGACGCCUUACAUGCACAAGCUUGCUAGCAUUGCAGCUUCUAAGGGGGGAAGAGUCCUUGAAAUAGGCUUUGGUAUGGCCAUUUCAGCUACAAAAAUCCAGUCUUUUCCAAUCAAAGAACAUGUAAUAAUAGAAGUCAACGAUGGGGUGUUUGAAAGGCUAAAAAAGUUUGCUGCCAACGCAGAACACAAAGUCGUGCCAAUGAAAGGUAUGUGGGAAGAUGUCAUUCCCACUUUGCCAGACGAGUCUUUCGAUGGAAUUUUGUAUGAUACCUUUCCACUAUCAGAAGAAACUUGGCACACGCACCAGUUCGCAUUUAUUUGCGGGCAUGCCCGCAGACUGCUUAAACCAGGCGGAAUCCUAACAUACUGUAACCUAACAUCAUGGGGGAAAUUGAUGAACGGAAAAUACGAUGACUUGAAUGUUAUGUUCAAUGAAACACAGAUACCAAAGAUCAUUGAAGCUGGUUUUAAAAAGGAAGACGUGGCAACAGAGAUCAUAGAUGUCAAUUCACCAGACGACUGCGAGUAUUACACCUGGAAACAAAUGAUUGCGCCCAAGAUUGUUAAGUCUUAGACUAGAGAUUUUACCAGGGUUAGAAUUAAUGUUCAAAUUAUAAUGAGUUUUUAAAGUGUUCAAUAUUCAUAGUUAGCUAAUGCUAAUAAGUACAAAUUUUUAACCUUGAUUUUUGACAUUAAAAUCCCAUGAAAACUUUUA